AUGGAGGGCCCCGUGGAUCCCGAGUCGAUCUACAUGAGGCAGAAUUGCAUCGGUGGUGGCAGCUUUGGAAAAGUUUAUAAAGGAGUCGAUAAACGAACUGGUGCGUCGGUCGCAAUCAAAAUAAUCGACGUUGAGAAUGCCGAGGACGAAGUCGAAGAUAUCAUCCAGGAGAUCGCUAUCUUGUCGGAGCUUAAUUCUCCAUAUGUGACCAGAUACCAUGGGUCUUUCUUGAAGGGAUCCAAACUGUGGAUUGUCAUGGAAUUCUGCUCCGGCGGCAGUUGCUCCGAUCUCAUGCGCCCGGGCACCAUCCCCGAGGAGUACAUCAUGAUCAUUGUCAAGGAGUUGCUGCGCGGUUUGGAUUAUUUGCAUCGUGACAAGAAGUUGCAUCGUGAUGUCAAAGCGGCGAAUAUCCUCCUCACUUCCAACGGUCAGGUCAAACUGGCGGAUUUCGGCGUCUCGGGCCAAUUGUCGGCGACCAUGACCAAGAAGAACACCUUCGUGGGCACGCCAUUUUGGAUGGCCCCGGAGGUGAUCAAGCAAUCGGGGUAUGAUUACAAGGCCGACAUCUGGUCGCUUGGCAUCACUGCUAUCGAGCUUGCCACAGGAGAGCCUCCAUAUUCCGAUAUCCAUCCCAUGAAGGUGCUGUUUUUGAUCCCGAAGAACGCACCACCCACGCUGCAAGGCAACUAUAGCAAAUCUUUCAAAAGUUUUGUCGACCUGUGUCUACGACGCGAUCCUAGAGAGCGCCCGUCGGCUAGAGAGUUGCUAGAGCAUCCCUUUGUCAAGAGGGCCAAAAAAACUAGCUACCUCACCGAGCUGAUUGAGCGUUCAGAGCGCUGGAAUGCCAUGAACGGUAAUAAGAAUGGCGAGGACGAAGACAGAGGCACCCUGGACCACACGCCGAGCCAGAUGGUCGCCAACGAAGAAGACGACGAUCUGUGGGACUUUGGCACCGUCCGCCCGGCGGGACGAGCUCCCGGCCUCAAACCCAUGAAAGAGGCAGACAUGAACACCCGCAGCAAUGAGCCAGUAGAGUGGGACUUGAAGGAUAGCUCUCCCGAGGAGACGCCCAAGCCGGAAGCCAGUUCAUCGUCGAAGUUGGAGUCACCGAAGAAAGUCUCUGCAGCACCCAGAGCCUUGUCCCCCGCCAAAGUCCCACUACCCCCUUCCCCUGUGAAGAAGGCACCCGCAGAGGCUGGACCCCAGACGCCUGCACAUCUGCACAGACCCAUUCAGCAGCAGCCGAAAGAAAGCCCAGGCAGUGACUAUGACAGGGUUCUUCAGCAGGCACUGGCCCAGGACCUAUCUUUUCUUCAGCUUGACCAAUCCCCAACCACUUCCCUGAGCUCAGGGGUGCGUCACACAGCUGCGAGCAGUCAAGGUCCCCAGCAGGUUCCUCUACCCCAGUCAUCGCCUGUUCUGUCAUCACAGGACCGCAUGCCACCAUCGCCCUCAACCUCACCAUCACGGAACCCUCUAGGGCCGGCCGCUCGGUCUUCGAUGGAGCCACGUCUGGAUCAACGCCAGAUGCCUGCCAGUCCACAGUCAAGGCCUCCACCGACCCCACGGCACUCUUCGCCUCCGAUUCAGCCACAAUCGCCUCCACGGCUACAACCAGAGCCCCUGCGCAGCCCACAGCCCUUGCGAAGCUCGCAGCCUCCCGGGAUCUCCAGCAACUUCAGCCAGCUCCACAGGAGCAUUGACGCCAGCUUACAGGUUAUUAUGAAUGGGCCACGAUCAAAUGAGCUAACCGCUCUUAACGGCGUCAUAGUCCCGGCAUUGAGGGCAGCCAUCCGUCGUCGCGCUCGUCGCUACGAACAUGUUGCGCGCAACUCACAGCUCAACCCCAGCGAAGGCACCUUUGAUGAACAAGAGUUUCACGCGCGCCGAGCUUAUGUCCAGGAGAUGAUGGAAGCCCUUGUGGGUGACUUGUGCGGACUGUUCGCCCGGAUUGACCGUUGGGACGUCGAGGCACCCGUCGGCAUGGGCUCAGAUGUCGGGACGUUCUUAGAAGGGUUUCUCGAAGAAAUGCUAGUUCGGAUCGAACCAGCCGACGAUGACCCAUCUACUGUCGGACGCUAG